UUCAGUGAACUAUGCUUUUUCUAUGGCAUCUGGGUUGGAGAAUGACUAAAAUUGUCUUCAGAUACAGAUUUUUGAUAAAUACAGGAAUUUGAAUAUAACAAAUUUGAGAACAUCAAUUUUUUAUUUAAAGCGUUAUUCAAAAUGUUUUACACAUCUAUAAGUAGACUUCUGGAGCUCUGCCCUCCAAUUCAAUGGCGUCCUCUACUACUGUGCCUCUAGGAUUUCACUAUGAAACGAAGUAUGUUGUUCUCAGCUACUUGGGACUCCUCUCUCAGGAGAAGCUACAAGAGCAACAUCUUUCCUCGCCCCAAGCUUCACAACCUCUGGAUCAAGAAGUUUUAUUAAAAGUUAAAACUGAAAUUGAAGAAGAGCUAGAAUCCCUGGACAAAGAAAUUUCUGAAGCAUUCACCAGCACAGGCUUUGAUCGUCAUACUUCUCCUGUGUUCAGCCCUGCUAACCCAGAAAGCUCCGUGGAAGACUGCUUGGCUCAUCUUGGGGGAAAAGUAUCACAGGAACUGAAAGAGCCUCUACAAAAGGCAUUGCAAAUGCUCCUCAGCCAGCCAGUGACAUAUCAGGCAUAUCGGGAAUGUACACUGGAGACCACAGUUCAUGCCAGCGGCUGGAAUAAGAUUUUGGUGCCUCUGAUUUUGCUACAACAAAUGCUUUUGGAGUUGACAAGACGUGGUCAAGAGCCUCUGAGUGCAUUGCUACAGUUUGGUGUGACAUAUCUGGAGGACUAUGCAGCAGAGUACAUCACUCAACAAGGUGGCUGGAUAGCUAAAAUGCUCCAGGAAGCUCUGUCAUCUCCCUGCCUGCUGCAGCCUUCACCAAAAGAAGUCAGCAUCUCCCCAUCUGAACUCUUACUAGCACUUGGACUGCAGGAUAGCACUGCCCUACUAAGUGAGAAAUUCCUCAAGAGCAAGGGCACUGUCUUUAACCUUGAAUCAGAGGAGGAGGAAUACCCUGGAAUUGUUGCCGAAGAUAGCAAUGACAUUUAUAUCCUGCCCAGUGACAACUCUGGACAAGUCAGUCCUCCAGAGUCUCCUACUGUGACUACUUCUUGGCAGUCAGAGAGCUUACCUGUUUCACUGUCAGCUAGUCAGAGUUGGCACACAGAAAGCCUCCCAGUGUCCCUAGGUCCUGAGUCCUGGCAGCAGAUUGCAAUGGAUCCUGAAGAAGUCAAAAGCUUAGAUAGCAACGGGGCUGGAGAGAAGAGCGAGAACAACUCUUCUAAUUCUGACAUUGUGCAUGUGGAGAAAGAAGAAAUUCCUGAAAGCGUGGAAGAGGCUGCCGUGGCAUCUGUCAUCCUGCCAACCAAGGAGCUGCGGGAGGCGCUCCCGGAAGCACCAGCUCCCUUGCUUCCACAUAUCACUGCUGCUUCCUUGCUGGAGAUGAGGGAGCCCGACACAGAAGGGAUGACAGUGGAGACAGUCAGCCCUGCUACGUCUUCGUUCAUUGAACUUGCUGAAGAAGAGAACUUGCUGAAGACAAAAGCAGCAACGGUUGAAUCUGUUGAACUGGAAGAGGAGGUGACCCCCACACUGGAACCCACAGCAACACUGCUGAGUGAAGAGGAGAUGCGUGUGAGGAGAGGGGGCCUUCGAGAAGGCCCCUCCCCUGCAGGAGAAGGGAAAGCCAUCCCACUGUCUGAGGGCAAGUCUAUACUGCUGUUUGGAGGGGCUGCCGCCAUCGCCAUGCUGGCAGUGGCAGUUGGGGUCGCCCUGGCUCUGAGAAAGAAAUAGCAGAUUUUUCAGAAGAGAAAGAAAACAAAAAAGAUGUCAGGUUUUAGCUGUACUGACUGAAUUUGAACCACCAACAGCUGAUUUGGACAUUUGUGGAACACUCUGGGAUAAUGGGGGACUUCUGCUCAACAAGGCAGUAGAUUGAUUCACAUAGUAGGGCUUCGGGUAGAGAGCAUUCACGUUUGUCUGAUUUUAAGUUCCAAGGGCCUUGGCUCCUGCUAAAUUCAGAAUCUUAUGCGUCAGGCACUCCCUCUAGAACAGGGUUUCUCAACCUUGGCAUUAAUGACAUCAUGAUUAAUUCUUCGUUGUAGGAGGCUGUCCUUUGCACUGUAGGAUGUUUAGCAAGAUCCCUGGCCUCUACCCAUUAAAUACAAGUAGCACCCUUCCCCCGGUUGUGACAAUCAGAAAUGUCUCCUGACAUUGCCAAAUGUCCUCCGGGGGCAAAAUUGUUCCCGUGGAGAGCCACAGCUCCAGAGGGAAAGGGUUAAUUUAGGAGAAUCUGGGAUAGAAAUUCCCAGGCAAAAAAAGGGCUUAGCUGUGGGCUCCUCAGCUACUGAUUUGUUCCUGCCCCUGGAAUUUCAUCUUUCCUGGUGAACAUGCUGUGUUUUGCAGCCAUUCCUCUGUGGCUCCUCUUUUCUUCCCCACCUUCUCGGUCCUGUAGCAUGAGGGUGCUCUCCCCUAUGUCUCAGCUGCCUCUCAGGUACUACACGGCUCCUCUUCACCCCCAGGUGCUUUAUAAGGCCCCAUGGGAGAGUGCUUGGUCCGCACCCGUUAAGUCCCUGAUGCUUCUCCAGCUCCACCUUGUAAAGAUGUUGCCGUUAGUCAACUUAAAAAAAAUAAAUAUAAAAGAGACCUAGGGUUCCCUGCCUGUGGAUGCGAGGGCAAGUAGCUGGCUAGAGAGCGGUAUUUGUCUCAUUUAUAAGCAGGAUGACUUAGAUGGACGAGUGUCUUCUGGCCCUUUUGUGUGUGGCCACCCUUCUGAGCUUAUGGUUACUUGCUGGCAGCAUCUCUGUUGCUGGAUGGUCACUGUCUAUAAUCUGGGCUGUGUGUUUUCCCUUUAUCUGGCCUCAGUCUUCUUACUGGUCAACCAGCCUCUCUGCGGUCUCUUCCCAUGUGAUAAGGAUUUUCAUACUUGGGCUUACAGACCAAUUGAAUCAUAACUCAAUAAGAGUUAUACAGAAAAUCUCCCUAAAUACCAUUGAAAUAAAAAGUAGGAAAAGAGAAGCUUGAAUUUCUUGAGAUUCUAAUUUGGCUUUCAGAGUUCAAGAAUAAGACUUCUUCCCUGAACUCUUUACAGUCCAAAUGCCAGAGUGAUAAACCAAAAUGAUUCUAAUCAGUAUGUGCUAGUUGAGAAUCAGCAUAACUUUCUUUCAUCUGGCUGAUCCCAUCCCUAAUGGGGGGGUGGGACUGUGUCUUUUCAUGAGUGAGGGUCAGUGUCACCAUGCAGGACACACAUGCUUGAUACAGGUCAUCUCAGAUUUAUCUCAGUAAAUGUAACAAAUUACUUUUUAGAUCCUGAAAUUUGUAAUAAAAUUACUUUACUAUCCUGAUCACCAAAACUUGAUGUUUUAAAUGUGCUUUCUUUUUUAAAUUUAUUUUUUUUAAAUGAAAUCUUCUCCCUAAAGCAAUACUAUUUAAAAGUUGGUCGAGGAAAGGUCUGAAGUGUGUUUGUCUGUUCAGUUUUAUCAUGCAAUGUGUCUUUAUGUUCUGAGUUUUAGUGUCUUAGGGAGUGAUAUUUUUUAAGGGUUUUGGUGCACUUUGAUUAGGAUAGCUAGAAGUGAGUGGGGGGAAAUGGGAUUAAUGCAGUAAAGAUUAUUUUCCUCCUUGGACUCUGACAGUUGGCUCAGACAUUGGGUUACUCUGUAUUCUAAUUGCUACUUUUGUGUUUGCAUAGGGUAAGAGCAAACUGGUGAGCUAUCUUGAUUUUUUUUUUCUUUUAUAAUAAAAUUUUUUCCUUCCAAUGUUCACACUUUUAAACUCUGGAUCCUCAAAUCCAUUAGCUAAGACACAUUUAAGUACUAAGAGAAGCCAGGUUCAUUUUGGAGCUACUAAAAGGCCAUCUGUGGCUUAGGAUAUUUGGGUCUGUGUUCUCCACAGAAGGAGCUGCCACGUGCGGUUUAUCAUCCCAUCUGUUGAACAUUAACCCAAAGUGAUCCGGCGCAUUUUAUCUUCCUGGGUAAUGGUUAAUAUUCUUUUCCAUUGGCUUUCUCUAGAGUGAUUCAUUGUUAGUUCCGAGUAAUAGGAACAUGUCAUGUCAGUGUCCCCAUUCCUUCUUUAUUUAUUUAUUUUUUUUUAAGAUUUUUUUUUUUUUUUUUUUUUUAAUUUGAGACAGAGAGAAUGAGAGACAGAGAGCAUGAGAGGGAGGAGGGUCAGAGGGAGAAGCAGACUCCCUGCCGAGCAGGGAGCCCGAUGCGGGACUCGAUCCGGGACUCCGGGAUCAUGACCUGAGCCGAAGGCAGUCGCUUAACCAACUGAGCCACCCAGGCGCCCCACCCCAUUCCUUCUUUACUUCCUUAUCCUCUGCCUCUGGCAGUGGAAGGUAGUACCCUAGUAAGGACUGCUUCUUACAGCAGCUACUUUUGCUAUGAAAAAAAAAAAAAGGUUAUUUCUCAACCUCCCACCUCCCUCUUUUUUGAUGGCGCUGGUAGUAGGCCAUUUCUUCUCCCCCUCCUAACUUAUAUUACAUCUGAAUCUAAAGUAAAAGGCAGAUUCAGAAUAAAUCCAACUUGUUUAUGGAGCUCAAGUGUGGAAUUAAAAAUAUCACCAUUUAUCGUUCCUCAUUCUUUGAACUAUUCAGGAAAAGUUUGUGUAAGUCCUCUAGAAUUCUUAAUUGCUUUAGUGUAUGUAAUGAUUUCUGAAAACUUGUCAAAAAGCCAGUGAAGAUUUCUUGAGAAAAAUACCAGAAUUAAAGAAUGCUAUUUUAUCCUCUCUGUAUUAAAAUAAUAAUAAUUCUGGGCCCAAAGAAGUCAGUCAGUAUCUACAGUGUGCCUUAGGGGACUCUUGUGAUCAUCACUGUCCUCUAGAAAGCUUUCUAGAAACCAAAAAGCAACUGUUGGCCAGCUGGUUCACACACUGACUACACAAAGGCCUCCUUGACACCUGCCCUCGCCUGUGUUUCUUACCAUCUCCUCUAUCAAAUGCAGCAGCUCCCUGGGUUUGUCCUGGGGGAAUAAACAGUGAGCCCGGAGACGGGGUUUUUUGAACCACAGCUACCAUUAAUUUCUUGUGGAAAUUAAUGUCCACAGCCUUUGUGCUAAUUCUAAUAAUAAUACAAAAGUAAUGCCUGAUCCUUGCCUUUUUUCCCUAACGGCAUGACAUGGACAAGUGUCAUAUGCACAGAAUUUUGAAAUUAUUUUAAGAGAUGCUUUUUAGAAAUAAAAGGUACUCUAGAUGA